AUGUCUUUCAAUCGAAUUUUUAAGAAGAGAUCGGUCUUUCGGUACUUCACUGGUGCAGGAGUAUUUUAUUGUGUUGCACACACCAUAGUUCGUCAUAUUGGGGAACUAGUGAUCUGUUCUGGACCAUCGAUGUUUCCAACCAUUUACGAUGGGGAUCUUGUUCUUGCUGAAAGACUAAGUGUGACCUCUGGGAAUAUACAUCGUGGUGAUAUUGUUGGCUGCCUGAGUCCACAUGAACCAGAUCAGUUACUCUGCAAAAGAGUGGUUGCCAAGGAGUCUGAUCCUGUAAGUAGUGACCUAUUGCCUAAUCACCGAGUUCCACGAGGGCACGUUUUUCUGCAAGGGGAUAACUAUUCAGCUUCGACAGAUUCUCGACAUUUUGGACCAGUUCCGGCUGGACUAGUUCAGAUCAGACUCAGCCUACGAAUAUGGCCUAUCUCCAGAUUUGGAUGGCUGUCAAACCAUUGGUUUUGGGAGUCGGAAGAGGACAUGAAACGUAAUUCAAAUGAUCAUACUCAGUCCUCGAGAUUUUAUCCACGCAGCUGA